AUGCGACUGAUCACCGUCUCUACUUGUAGCUUACAUCAGUUCUCGUUAGCAUGGACGGAAAACAGGGACCGCAUCAAAGAGUCUAUUCGCACCGCAAAGGCUCAAGGUGCACGACUACGGUGCGGGCCAGAGUUGGAAAUCACUGGUUAUGGAUACCACUUCUUGGAAAACGACACAUAUCUCCAUUCGUGGCAGAUGAUGUCCGAUAUCCUUCUCGAUGAGUCUUGCUAUGGCAUCAUCAUCGAUGUAGGGAUGCCGGUCAUGCACAACGGCAUACGUUACAAUGCUCGUGUCAUUGCCCUGGACGGCAAGAUAUGUUUCAUUAGACCCAAGCAAGAUCUUGCAGGCACCGGCAAUUAUCGAGAGAUGAGGUGGUUUACGCCCUGGAAAAAGAACAUGUUAGACUCCUACGAUCUACGCCGAGAUCUUCCUGAUGAGCUUUUGCAAAAACAAGACUCCAUUACCGUCCCAAUCGGCGACUGCAUCCUCGAUGCGAUUGACUGCUCAAUCUCCGCCGAAACGUGCGAGGAAUUGUUCACACCUCAAAGCCCGCAUGGCGCAUUGACACUUGCCGGCGCCGAUAUCAUCUGUAAUAGCAGUGGUAGCCACCAUGAGCUCAGGAAGCUGAAUACCCGCAUCAACCUCAUCAAGGAGGCAACAGCCAAGUGCGGAGGUGUAUAUCUGUACGCAAACCAGCAGGGGUGUGAUGGAGACAGACUUUAUUACGACGGCUGUGCCAUGAUCAUCGUCAACGGUACCAUCCGAGCACAGGGUUCUCAAUUCUCGCUGAACGAAGUCGAGGUUGUCACAUGUACCGUCGACCUCGAAGAAGUCUGGGCAUAUCGAGCAAGUCCAAGCCGAGGUCUGCAGGCCCUCAACAUCCCCCCUUACCACCGUGAAAAGGUCGACUACCGGCUAUCACCCUCAGACAACGCCUUCGAUCGAGAUAUCCGUCCCAGCCCAGCCCGCCCUCUAGUCACGCAUGUUCCCGAGUCGGAGAUUGCGAAUGGACCUGCAUGCUGGCUAUGGGACUAUCUACGACACUCCAAAGCUGCGGGUUUCUUCAUACCUCUUUCUGGAGGCCUCGAUUCCUGUUCGACGGCGACCCUGGUUUACAGCAUGUGUCGAAUCGUCGUAGCUGCUCUCCAGGAGGGUAACGAGCAAGUUCGCAAAGACGUCGAGAGGAUUGCUGGACCCUACCACCCAAAAGGCUGGUUACCAAAAGAUGCACAGGAACUGUGUGGCUCCAUUCUCUCGACAGCCUAUCUUCCAAACACAGAACAGUCUUCAUCUGAGACGAGAGACCGUGCUCAGCGUCUCGCCCAGGAUAUCGGAGCGGAUCACAUCGUCGUGCCCAUCGACCCUAUAUUCCACACUUUCCAAGAUGUCUUUGAAAAAGGCAACGACUUUAAGCCUAGCUUCUCCGGAACCCCAACUGAAGAUCUUGCGCUCCAAAAUCUCCAGGCGCGGAUACGUCUCGUAGUCUCGUACAUGCAAGCACAACUUCGACCCACAGUACGCCAAAGGCCAGGCGGAGGCGGCCUACUCGUCCUUGGAUCAGGCAAUGUAGACGAAUGUCUUCGAGGAUAUCUAACAAAAUACGACUGUUCCAGCGCCGACAUCAACCCCAUCGGAUCCAUCUCGAAAGUCGAUCUGCGCCGCUUCCUCACCUGGGCCGCCGUCGAGUUCAAACUACCAAUCUUGGAUGAGUUCGUCUCGGCCACACCCACUGCAGAGCUGCGGCCAAUCACAGAAGACUACGUCCAGGACGAUGAAACCGACAUGGGAAUGACAUACGCGGAGCUAAGCACGUUUGGACGUCUGCGCAAGUGCGACAAACUUGGACCUUAUGGCAUGUUUAUGAGACUCAGCUCAGAUUGGCAUGACAAGCCUAUUCGAGAAGUCGCAGACAAGGUCAAGAGGUUUACGCACUUUUACCAGAUCAACCGACAUAAGAUGACUGUUAUGACGCCGGCAUACCAUGCCGAGAGCUAUUCGCCUGAUGACAACAGAUUUGAUCUUCGGCCUUUUCUGUAUCCCGCUUUCUGGAAUAGCUGGUCUUUCGUCAAGAUCGAUGAGGCUGUUGAGAAGAUGGAGAAGAAGGCGCAGGAGAAGGCCGAUGCUGCGGCGAAGAAGUGA